AUUGGUUCGAUUAUGAACCCAUUGAAAACCCUCCCUACUCAUGAAUGAUUCUUUCUUUCUUCUUUCUUCUUUCUUCUUUCUUCUUUCUUCAUCUGUUAGUUCUUCGGCAGAAAAGAUACAACUUUGUCUUAAUUGGGUACCAAUCCAACAAACCGUGUCCCAUUGCCUGCACCAAUCAAGCGAUUGCGUGCGAAUGCGAGUGAGAGGCCAAUGAAUUGCGUGAACGGAGGAUACAGAUUAAUUAAUCUCUCGUGAACGCAUUAAUAUUUUCCUUUUUUUUUUCCAAAGUUUACGCGAAUUGAAAUUGACGAGGGAUUAAUUUGCAAGCAAAUUUAUUUAUUUUCUGCAAGCGUUUGCUUUAUCAAGACGUGCGUGGACCAUGAAGCUUUUGCAAGGAAGAAAAAGAAGAAGAAGAAAGAAGAUAUUCUUAGUAACUUGGCAGUCUCAAGCUGCUGCAUCCUUGUCGCUGACUUCCAACUACCAAGUCCAGUUUUUUGUAAUGGAGCAGCCUCUCGUACCCCACAACUCUUUCUUCUCCUUUCUUCCUUGUUCUUCCCAUUCUGAUCACAGUCCCAAUCAGAGACGCUAGCUCUCAUGGAGUACGAACGCAUCCACCAGCCGUUCUUUCCUCAGGGCGGCGGCGGCGGCGGCGGCGGAUUCUCUCCGAAGAAGCUCCGGGAGAAGCUGCUUCGAGUGGAGAAGAGGAGACAUGAAGAGUUGGAACAGGAAUCGAAGGCGUCGUUGAGAUCGGAGCAUACGGAGGUCGAGAGCGGAAGGGCGAGCGAGGCGGGUAGUUGCAAGGAUGUAGAGUGCUCCAUUUCAAUGGAGUUCACGGGCAGCCAUGGGAGGAGAGAUCUCGCCAUCGGCGCAUGGAGGAUCGAUUCUCUCGAAUCAGACGGCGUGGCCACCGGAUUCCAGUUCCAGAAGGCGGAGAGGACGCCGCUACCACCGCACCGGUUGACGACGGGUACGGCGACGCUAGCACCGCCAUUUUCAAAGCCAGCGCCGUCGAAGUGGGACGAUGCGCAGAAGUGGAUUGCGAGGCCGACACCGAACCGAGGGGGAAACAAGGGCGGCGGUGGCGUCGGAGGGCAGGCUAAGAAAGGAGGCUUAGCUGGGUACAUAACUCGAAAGGUGGCUGCUAAGGUCGUUUUGGACGAAGCAGAGACCAAGAGAGUGGCCGUGAGCGUGAGCCAUGCGAAGAAAAAGGUGGAUUCAGGAGCGAAGCCGGCGGUUGUUUUCGAGAAUCCAGUGGUUAAUGCAGAUGCUGAUCCAAGUCGGCACGAUUUAUCAGCAUCUGCUCGGAGCACUACUACAAUAUUUGUGACGCCGGGAACUGCUGUCAGGGCUGUUUCCAUGAGGGAUAUGGGCACAGAAAUGACUCCUGCAGUAAGCCAAGAGCCUUCUCGAACGGAAACGCCCAUUAGAGCAACUUCGCCGUCGACUGGUCCACCUUUCCCCCAUCGAUCGACAGCGCAAAGAACAGCUCCGUGUUCAACAACUCAGACACACUCAUCUGCUGGCAACGAGGAACAGAGCAUCCAGGAGAUGUCGGAGAAGGAGCAACGAAGAAAAACAAGGAGGGAGAUAAUGGUGCUCGGCCAGCAAUUGGGGAAGACGAACAUAGCUGCAUGGGCCGGCAAGGAAGACGAGGAAAUGAUGGAUGCAUCGGCGGUUUUGGCCAUGUCGGUGCCGAAGGACCACCCUGCCGAAAGUGCAACUGAAGCUCGAGCAGUGGCAUGGGAAGAAGCUAAGAAGACCAAGCAUCUCGUUAGGUUUAAACUAGAAGAGAUCAAAAUCGCGGCAUGGGAAGAUCGUCAAAAAGCGACAAUAGAAGCUGAAAUGAGGAAAGUUGAGGUUGAGGUAGAGAGAACGAGGGCAUCUUCGCACGAGAGGUUAAUGAACCAGCUUGCUGCCGUGCGCCACAAAGCCGAAGCAAAGCGCGCUGCAGCAGAAGCCAAAAGAGACCAACAAGCUGUUAAAAAUACUCGACGGGCUGACUAUAUCAGAAGAACUGGUCAGAUUCCUUCUAGAUUUCCUUGCCGGAGUUGGUAUUCUUUGCGCAGAUUUCUUUGGAGCAAAGAUUCAAUCCGCAGUGAGAGUAAUGAGAAGAUUUUAAAGUAGAUAUGUUAAAUCUGUAGUUAUUAUCGUUUUUUAAUAUUCAGAUAUUCUUUAUCAAAA